AUGCCCGUCCUGGUCCCGGACUACACCUGGACCCAGACCCAGUCCACAGUCCACAUCCACCUGCCCCUGAAAGGCGCCAAACCCGGGCGCGUGCACGUCACAUCCACAGAUGAAUACCUGAAGGUUCAUUUCCAGCCUUUCCUGUUGGAGGUUUUCCUGUUUCAACCUGUGGACGACGACAGAAGCACAGCAAGGAUCGGAAACGGAGUUGCGAACAUUACUUUGUACAAGAAAACCAACAACCAGUGGGAACAACUGAUGAUAAACACAACCGAUAAGGAAGUGAUGAAGCAGAUCAGAAUGAAGGCGCUGAUGAAAAACCAGGAAAAACUCACAGCUGAAUCCAAAACCAAAACCCAGAAACGCCAGGAAGAACGAAAAUACACACUUCAGUCGAUGAUGAAGCUCGAGGACGAAGAAAGAGACAGUAUUCGGAAAAUAAAAGACACCGAACGAAAGAAAACCACGGCAGAACUGGAGGAGUGGCAGACGAAGCAGAAGGGCGAGGAAGACGCCCGAGUCCAGAGGAAAGAAAAAGAACGAUCACAUGGAGGAAAGAACAAACCCGGUAACGGAUCAAACCCGUUAACAGAACAUCGUAGAAGCGUCAGUGAAGUAAAGAAACCAGAACAAAAACAUCUUCCUGCUCCGAGGGCGGCUGGAAAUAUUCAAGUCAAGUUCACGCCACGAGUUUUCCCGACAGCGCUUCGAGAAUCCAGAGUCGCAGAGGAGGAAGAGUGGCUUCGAAAACAGGCUGAAGCCAGACGUUCAGUUAAUGCAGAAGUGGAAGAACUGAAGGACCUGAAGGACGAGGAGAGGAAUCCUGACUGGUUGAAGGAGAAGGGGGAUCGUUGUUUUUUAACUGGGGAUUACCUGGGUGCGGUGAACGCCUACAACCUGGCCAUCAGACUCAACAGGAAGAUUCCAGCUCUGUACUCCAACCGGGCAGCAUGUCACCUGAAGUUAAAGAACCUCCACAAGGCCAUCGAAGACUGUUCUCAGGCUCUUUCCCUGUUGACUCCACCGGUUCAGUCCAACGCUGCCUCCAGGGUCAGAGUUCACGUCCGUCGAGGCACAGCCUUCUGUCACCUGCAGCUCUACACUGAAGGUCUACUGGACUACCAGGCGGCUCUGAACAUCGACCCUGAAAACCAAGCUCUGCAGGCGGACGCUCAGAGGAUCAGGAACGUCAUCCAGGGCUUGGAACCCGAAACACAGCAGAACACGACUAAAGGAUGUGAAAGUCCAAACCAUUAGAAUGAACUGGACACCUUCUGUUAGUGUGAGUACAGCACCCUCAUGUGGUCAAACCUCACAUGACACUGAACCAGAUGGAAUACUGGGAUCUUCAGACAUGAAUCAGAAAAAAAUCACAGCUGGUUGUAUCAGUUUCAGCCUUAAUAGA